AUGGUGGGAGACAAGAAGCGAAAACCCUCACGUGACUUCCCGGCAUACGCACACGUGCCUCUGGGCAAAUUGCACCCUAAUGGUGUCUCCAAAGUGCGCGUGGACCUCAAUACGAUUGCAGCAUCCGUGCCACCGAUGCGCGACCCGUUUCACAUUCUUAAUUUUGACGAAAACGACAGCAGUAGCCAAUUCAGCGCACACAGUUCUGCUAUGUCCGUCGACUCAAUCUCGUCCUUUCUGUCAGUUGACGACUCGUUAAUGUUGGCAAAUGCCAGCCAUGAGGACGACAAAGAAGCGAGUAAGUUACCGAAGGAGCAGCGACCUUCGCAGCCAGCGGAUGAGAGGGAAUAUUUUGAGCGAAUGUGGUCCGAGAACUUCAAAAACUCGGAGGCGCAAGUUCAGAGUCCGACGGAAUACCUUCCAGUAGGUGCCGCUGGUCGUUUAAACCGUAUCAAAGGGUACUCCGUUGCACGGGAUCUCGUAUCACACAAAUUGUAUGCUGUCUUUCGACUAGAAAUUGAGUGCAUUGUAAGUGAAAAGCAGUGGACAGUGUACCGGCGUUUCCACGAUUUUAAACAGCUUGCACACCGGCUAAGAAACGAAUCGGUGCGAAUUUCAACUGUCCCGACGCGAACAUUCAUGCGGUCACUGGACCCGACAUUUUUACAAAAACGCCAAGUGGAGCUCGACAGGUGGCUGCGCGAGAUUUUGAUGCUGAUAAGUCUUGAAAGUUGUAGAGUGGAUACGGAUCGAUACGCUGAGUGUUGUGGCAGUCGCGGCGUUCACGCUAGUGUCCGUUUGAUCCGUUACUUUCUUACGCAUGAGGCUAAUGAGCCCCCAGAUUUCGAAGACUUUCCGGUUCCUCCGAGUUGUUCUUCUAUUUCGUCGAGUGGAAAAUCAUUCUCGAAUUUGGGCUUAGGACGACCGCCAUUGUCUAGUACAUUUGAGCAAAAGACCGAAUUAGAGUCGAUAUCACAUGGAAUUGAAACUCUCGGCAGUUCUUGUGGCCGCAGAACCCGUGCUGGAUCGGCCGAUCAAGCUUCAAUUAGCUCACGCACAGGCCGAAGUUGUACCGACUAUGGCAAAUAUGGUUUGUCUUGUGUUAGUAGAGCGCGCGGAGUAUCGGCUGACGAGAUGCCGAGUGUUCGAAAAGAAAAAUCUGCGAAAUUGCUAUCAAAGGAAGAAGUUUUAGACGACAGAGAUUCCCCGUUUGAUGCGCUGACAGUGGCGGAGCAGAGGCGAAGUGUCAUUUUACAGGAUGUGGAAGACGAAACUGAAAAUAACGAAAACAUUUCAGAACGGCGGAAGGACAAAGUAUCGCUGAAGCAAUUUGAUGUGCUUCGUAUGAUUGGCAAAGGCUCGUUUGGUAGAGUUUUGCUGGUACGAAAAAAAAAUUCGUCUCAAUUAUUUGCCGUCAAGAUUCUAAGUAAACCUGCGAUUGUGCAGAAGCAGCAAGUGGAACAUACAAGAACCGAGCGUCGGGUUUUGGCUUCAAUUACACACCCUUUUGUUGUCUGUUUGCACUAUGCAUUUCAGACAACGGACAAAUUAUACUUUGUACUAGAUUAUUGUCCAGGUGGUGACUUAUUUUUCCACUUGAGUCGAUGUGGAUGUUUUCCUGAAGCAAUGGCUAAAUUCUAUGCUGCCGAAAUUGUCUUAGCGCUUAUUCAUUUACACGAACAAGGCAUCGUGUAUCGAGAUCUGAAACCCGAAAAUAUUAUGCUUGAUGUGGAUGGUCAUGUAAAGCUUGCAGAUUUCGGGCUGGCCAAGGAAGGUAUAACAAGCGAAGUAGAUGGAACUCAUACUAUGUGUGGUACACCCGAGUACUUGCCACCCGAGAUUUUGAACCGUGCUGGCCACGGCACAGCGGUUGACUGGUGGAAUUUGGGCAUGGUUCUUUACGAAAUGUUGACUGGAAGGCCGCCAUGGUACACACAGGACCGACAAGAGUUAUUUAAUCGUCUUCGUUGUGCCGAGCUUGCAUUUCCACCGGGAUUGACUCCUGAGGCGAUGAACAUCAUCGAAGGCUUUCUGAUGCGCGACCCCACUAAGCGUCUGGGGGCAAUCGAUGUCCGUGAAAUUACAUACCACCCUUUUUUUGCAGAGAUCGACUGGAAUUUGUUAUAUAAUCGCCAGGUGCAGCCUCUCUAUCGCCCGUGUCAGUAUACUGAUCCGAUAGAUGCUGCGAAUUUUGAAGAGGAGUUUACAAAGCUACCGCUGGCUCAAAUUGAUAGUGCGGGGUUAAGUGUCGCAACGAGCGAGUUGCAAGGAAAAUGCGGCAACAGUGAAGCUCCUGGGCGAGAGCUGGCUGACAAUGUGGUUGCUAAUGCCGAGGCAGCAAGAAUGGGAGCAAACUUGUCCAAUGGCAUUGCUAACAGCAAUGAUGUAAGCUGUGAGCGCAAUAGCACGCUUCGGAAUUUGUCAUAUACAUUCGCUGGCUUUACGUACGACGGGACGAAUUCGUCACUCGCAAAAUCAGCCAAUUAA